CAGUUCAACCUGGUUCUGUCUAAGCAGGACCAGGAGGAGGAGGAGGACAGUGAUGAUGAGGAUGAGGAGGAGGACAGUGAUGAAGAGGAGAGGCGGCCCCUGACCGUGGAGGAGAAGGUGGCCCUGAAGCAGAAGGAGAAGGGGAAGAGGUGCACCGUCCUGGUGGAGCUGCUGCAGAAGCACCGAAGGAAGAAGACCAGCGUCGACUUCCUGUACAUUGCCUUCCACAUCUACAGGGUUCCCCCUGAGCUGGUAGGAAUGUGUCUGGACCAGAGCUUCUUCAAGAGCAACAAGCCGGUGGGACGUUCUGGAAAGUACCGGACUCAGAGGGCCGUGUGGCAGAAGCUGAACCUGGCUCCGGGGAGCUACGUCAUCCUGGCCUCUACCUACAGACCCAACAUCCCCGGAGACUUCUGCCUGCGCAUCUUCUCCAAGACCGGGAACACCCUGGGGUCCCUGGACUUCACCUGCUCCUCCAGUCUGCUCAUGGUCAUGUCAGAACCUGUUUCUCGAGGGGACCUGGUCACCGUGGAGAUGGUCUUUGAUGAGAAGGCCACCCCAGAUGACAGACUAGAUGCUAAAGAAUUCAUGAAUCUUUUAAACACAGUUCUGGUGAAAGAUUACCAUCUCCCGCUGGACACAUGCCGACAGCUCAUUUUCGGAGAGGACACACAAGGCCGCUGCAGCCUCAGCCGCCAGCAGGCCGCCGUCCUGCUGGGCAACGUGCGCAAUCUACAGGCGCUGUUCUUCCGGUAUGACGAGGACUCUUCAGGGGCCAUGAGCCCCUUUGAGCUCGACCUGGCCCUGAACGCAGCAGGGCUGCGGUGCGACGGGAAGGUGGUCCCGCUGCUGGUCGAACGCUUCGGCUCCGGGGACCCCCACCUCCCCUUCAGCGGCUUCGUCCGCUCCGUCACACGCCUCCGCACGCUGUUCGGGCUGUACGAGGCAGAGAGCAGCAAGGAGGUGAAGGCCAGAGGCAUCAACCAGUGGCUGCUGCAGCUCAUUCCUCUGUGAGCUGCUUCCUGAUUGGCUGCUGAACGUGUAUUCCUCUUUGAGCUGCGCUCUGAUUGGCUGCCGCGCGCUCAUUCAGCUCAGCGGGGUUGCCUGCCUACAGGAUCAUUACCGACGCUCGCCCCAUCGUUGGAAGUGACGGCUUGGGUUUUAACGCACUUCUAACGCGACAGCGGCAUUGUUUAACCCAGAAGCCUUUCUUCUAGAGUGUUAUAUCACGAAUGCCGUUAUUAAUGCCUGCUGUUUCCAAAUAUCUGUAACUUUUGCUAUUCUCAAUUCUAGAAUCAAGGGUAAGGUCAAGUCUGCCAAUAUAUUCACUUUAUCCAUAUUGUAAUCAAAUAGUUUGAUACAAAUGUUUUCAUGCUGUAUUUUUAUUAAUUUGUUAUAAUCCAAUCCAAUGAUAAUUUUCAUUCUAAAAGCAUUUGCUUUAAACUGUUGGUAAUCAUAUAUCUUAGAAAUCUCAAAUAUAUCUAUAUCUUUAGAAAUCUAUGUAACUAUAUAUUUGGAUAUAGAAAGAUAUCAUUAUAUAUAUAUUUUAUCAAAUCAUCAAGAUAAAAAAAAUGAUAUGACGAAAAUGAUAUGACGAAAAUGAUAUGACGAAAAUAAAUCUAAUAAAGAUUUUAUUUAGCC